AUCACUACUUUGCAGUUGGAGCGUGAGAAAGCCCUUGAGCAUAAGAACAGACUAUCAAGGAUGCUGGAGGAUAGAGAUCUAUUUGAAGCCAGGCUCAAAGCAUCUCGACGAACAGUUUAUGAGGAUAAACUCAAGCAGUUCCAGGAGAGGUUGGCAGAGGAGAGACGAAACCGCUUGGAGGAGCGCAAGAAGCAGCGCAAAGAGGAGAGGCGCAUCAUCUACUACAAGGAGAAGGAGGAGGAGGAGCAGCGGCUGCGGGAGGAACAACUGCUCAAAGAGCGCGAGGAGAAGGAGCGUAUUGAGCGAGAGAAACGCGAGCAGGAGCAGCGGGAGUACCAGGAGCGGGUCAAAAAACUGGAAGAGCUGGAGAAGAAAAAGCGUCAAAGAGAAAUGGAGAUAGAAGAAAGAGAGCGCCGCAGGGAAGAAGAAAGGAGGGGUCUUGAUGACCCAUUUUCAAGAAAGGAGUCUCGUUGGGGUGAUAGGGAGUCUGAAAGCUCCUGGAGAAGAGGUGGUGAGACAGAAUCUGAGUGGCGGAGAGCUCCUGUGGAAAGAGACUGGCGCAGAGGAGAAGCAAGAGAUGAUGAAAGAUCUUUUCGGCGAGGGGACGAUCUGCCCCGGCGAGGGGACGAUCUGCCCCGGCGAGGCGCUCCCGAAGAAAAGGAGCGUCCUUCGGAGUCGGCUGAGGACAGGCCACCUAGGCGUGAAGGCGAAGAGGACAGGCCACCUAGACGUGAAGGGGAUGAGGACAGGCCACCCAGGCGCGGCUUGGAUGAUGACAGGCCACCCAGACGUGGCUUGGAUGAUGACAGGCCACCCAGGCGCGGGCUGGAUGACGACAGGGGCAGCUGGCGAGCAGCUGAUGACGACAGGGGUCCCAGGCGCGGCAUGGAUGAUGACAGGCCGCCCCGGCGCGGGCUGGAUGACGACAGGGGCCCGUGGCGGAGCUCAGAUGACGACAGGCUCUCCAGAAGAGACGAUGACAGGGGGCCGUGGCGGAGCGGGGAGGAUUCCAGGCCAGGACCUUGGAGACCCUUUGGUAAACCAG